AUGGAAGUUAUCGACAAAUGGGUUGCUGAAUUUUUCAUCCGUCGACAACAAAAUCCUAGGGUUUCUCCUACUAACCUGCUUUCGGCGAUGAAAUUUGGAGAUUCCCCUGACUGCAUAAAGCUCAAGAUAUCUUCCGUUUUGCGGGAUAUCUCCAAUUCAUUGAUCAAAGGUACACUCGACGAGGGAACGCUUGAUCUACUCGAGAUUCUUGAGAAACUUAUGUUGCAGCAACAUUCGGUACUCACGGAGUCUCACAAGUCUGCUUAUUGCUGGACGGCUGUAGAGUGCACGGUUAGAUUCAUGUGGCCAUUGUCUGCUUCUGAUGGCUUCUUCAACGACGCUCUUAAGAGGAUAUGGACUAAGCGAAUUUGGAUUUUGAAGGAGAGUGGGAGUGGUUUGGUGACCUAUGACUUGUUGAAGUGGGAGGCUGAUCUGGAGGUGUCCCUUGAAGAUCCUGAGCUCUAUCAGAGGAUUCGUGAGACUAAUGUUAGGUACACUGCUAUUUCUUUUCUCAAUCAGCUUCUCAAAGAGCAGUGGGAACUACUUGGGAGUUCCGCUCUUGAAUUAGUAGCCCAAAGGACCUUCCUUAAGCGCAAUGCUCAGAAUGUAGACAACAGAGGAGAUCCAAAUCCUGUUGAUGAAAGCAUGAGGCGUUUAAAGAGUGACAACAUUAAGGAGGGUGGAACCAGUCAGGAGGAGGAAGGGAAUGAGAACAAUAGAGGGAAUGCUAGUGACGUUGAAGGAGUGGGAUGUUUGGAGAGUGACAACAUUAAGGAGCGUGGAACCAGUGAGGAGGAGGAAGGGAAUGAGAACAAUAGAGAGAAUGCUAAUGAUGUUGAAGGAGUGGGAUGUUUGGAGAGUGAUGGGUUUGAUAAGGUUGAUGCAGCAGACGAGGAGGAGACAAUUGGUGGACCUGAGCCAAGUCUUGAUAAGGGGGACAAAACGGCUGCUCGAGAGCUGAAGGAGUUGUUGUUGGAGAUUCAAGGACAUAUCGAGCCUCCCACUAGGCAAGAGGAGCAGGAACCUAACAAUGGAAUCGACCACUCCGUAGAUGUCACUCCUCAGCCUGCUAUGAGUAAUAGGACUAGAACAGGCGGUCAAGACCGUAAUGAAACACCGGAUAAUGCAAAUGAGAUUGAGAAAGGUUCGAAUAGUCAGGGAACAUGGUCUGGCAGAGUUCGGCCUCGUCUACCAACCCCUGUACCUCUAAAUGUAUCUCCAUUGAAGAAGGAAAAUUCCAAUGUCAGAAGGCCAAAGAAAUUCUGGACGCCUGAAGAAGUGGAAGCUCUGAGGGAAGGAGUAAAAGAGUAUGGCAAAUCAUGGAAAGAUAUAAAGAAUGCAAACCCUGCAGUAUUCGCGGAGAGGACAGAGGUGGAUUUGAAGGACAAAUGGAGGAACUUAGUUCGGUAG